AUGCGAGCAAAUAGGGUUUCGGAGAGGGCUAAGUAUGGUCGAUCAGAUCCACACUCUAACAGAGCCUCACUGAAGCAUCGCGGACACAAAGCGCAGUCGUGUUGGACGUUCCUCGAUUCGAAGAAAGCCUUCGAUACUGUGAGGACAGCAGCGGUAAUCGAAGCUCCAGGCAACCAAGGUGUUUCUACUCAAUUUAUAGGAAUGUUUCGUGAACUCUACAACAACUUCACCAGUAUUCCGCCAUAUGAGGGAAUCAUUUUCGAGUUGAAUUAA